AUGGAAAUUUUAGGAAUUCCAGAGGAUGUUUGCGAGAGCGAAGAGGCAGUGUUAAAAAUUGCUCAAGUGUUAAAUGUUGAUGUAAAAGCUGAAGAUAUUCAUGUCUGCCACCGAGUUAAAAGAAAAAACUUGAAUCCUAUCAUAGCAAGGAUUGUCAGCCACAGGGUUAAGAGAGCACUCUACAAGAAAAGAGUACGACUGAAGAAUGUACAGUUGUCAGAGUUAUUUCCAAGUGCCUCUGUGCCAGCUAGAGUGGCCUCGGAACGCAUCUUUAUAAAUGAAAAUCCAACAGCAUUUCGCCGAAGAUUGGUGAAAAAGGUGACAGAUAAGAAGAAUGACUGA